GUCCGCAAGACGGAGAUAAAAUGGCAUGUUUAGGGACAGCUACGCACCAAUGAAAGUUAAUCAUAUUAAUCUACGAUCAGCAUCAAAUACUGUCCGCCCGUUACAUCUCACCUAUCAAUCGUCAUUUAAUGGAGGUAACAAGAAACUUUUUUCUGGAUAACCUCCAGAAGCGGGACAUAAUGGCUAAUAUGUAAUUCUAUUCGAUGGAUUUGGACACUAUACGCUAACAUGCUGCAGUCUUAAAUGAGGCGGUCAUGGAGAAAAAAGAUUCUUGUGGAAUAUUUAAAGCCUACACAGUCAUUUUCUUGUUUUCCUUGUAUCCCCUUCUCUGCCAAGGAAGCUGGAUGUGGCUGGGAGUUACAUCCGCGGGUGUUCCGGAGAAAAUGACUUGCUCGAAUAUACCUUUAACAAGCAAACAGAAGGAUAUAUGUAAAAGAAAACCGUAUCUCUUAGCGAGCAUCCGGGACGGCGCGCGUCUGGGCAUCGCCGAAUGUCAGACUCAGUUUAAGCACGAAAGGUGGAACUGCUCCACCAGGAGAGACCGAUCCGUCUUCGGGUACGAACGGAGCAGCGGGACGAAGGAGACAGCCUUCAUCUACGCAGUGAUGGCGGCGGGGCUGGUGCACGCCGUGACGCGCUCGUGCAGUGCCGGGAACAUGACGGAGUGCUCGUGCGACGCCAGCCUGCAGGCCGGCGGCUCGUCCAGUGCAGGCUGGCACUGGGGCGGCUGCUCCGACGACAUCCAGUUCGGCACCUGGUUCAGCCGCAGGUUCAUCGACAGCGGGGUCUGGAACAUCUCGGCUAAGGGGGCCGAUGCCCUGGUCAGCAUGAACCAGCACAACAACGAGGCUGGGCGGCAGGCCGUGGCAAAGACGAUGCUGACGGACUGCCGCUGCCACGGAGUCUCGGGUUCCUGUGCCGUGAAGACCUGCUGGCGGACGUUGGCCCCCUUCGAGCGGGUGGGCCGCUUCCUGAAGCAGCGGUACGAGGACAGCGUGCACAUGCUGGACCGCAUCAAGGGGAAGGUGCGCCGCAAGGAGAAGGAGCAGCGGCGCAUGCCCGUGGUCAAGGACGAGCUCGUCUUUCUCAACAAGUCGCCCAACUACUGUGUGGAGGACCGGCGGCUGGGCGUGGCGGGAACACGGGGCCGGCGCUGUAACCGCACGUCCAGCGGGCCGGACGGCUGCAGCCUUCUGUGCUGUGGGCGGGGCUACAACACGCACGUGGUGCGCAGCGUCGAGCGCUGCGAGUGCAAGUUCGUCUGGUGCUGCUACGUGCGCUGUCGCCGGUGCGAGAGCAUGAGCGACAUGCAUACCUGCAAGUAGCGCUCGAACCCUGGACCAGGACCCCCCCCGAUACGCACGGACGCCCAUUCUCGGACACAGGUGAUCAUUCCCCAAUAAACAGCCUACAACUGCGCACUCAGGAAAUGGACAUGAACAAACAGUGAUCCCUUGGUGAGAUGGACCCCCCCACUCUGCUGCUGUAUGGGGGCUGCAUAGAGUGCCAGUGCAUUUUAAAGCCCCUCGAGUUUGAGCACUGAACUGGCUCCAUCGACUCAAAUGUGACUGAUUCACUCAACAUACGCCUGCGGCUCUGUCUUCACUGCAGUUUGGAUGCAAGAGCAGACCUGAUUGGCUACCAAUCAGAACCCUAAAACUAUCUUUGGGGCUGUUUGAUUGGCCACCUAGAGGUUUAAAUUAUGAAAGGAUUCAGAAGGGAACAUGGACAGGUGCCUGACAGUGAGUUCCUGAAAUUAGGAGAAUGUUAAUAAUAAAAUAUUUACUUUGAA